AUGCAAGCAGAGAUUGAUAAACAGCUGAAGCAACAUGUUACACCAGGGUACGGUGGAGUUUCCCAAGAGAUAUUAAUUUCAGCUCCAGCACAAGUGAGGCAGCGACAACAGAAGAUUAUUGAGCUAAUCCUACGUACCGGACUAGCUCCGAAGAUACUACGCCGGAAACGAAUGGUAUACCUGCCGAAAACGACGAAUGUGGACCCAACAUUAGAUGUGUCUAAGGGUUUACCACCAUGGCGGCCGAUCACGGUCCAAGCUGCCUUCGCCAACCGACUCUUUCUUGUAAUAAAGCAGUUCGUCGAUGGUGGUAUACCACGCAGUCUUCUGCAACACGGAUUCCGGUCGGACAGAAGCUACUCCUACUAG